AUGGCUUUCCUUUUCAAAUCCAAAAACAAGGACAAGGACAAGGACCGGGCACUGCAGAGCCGAGAGGGUCCCCCAGGCUCGGGCAACUCAAUCCAGAGUGCUGCAAGCCGCAUAGCUCGGGAAGAGAAGCACUCGAGAUCCACACCCACCGGAAGCCUGAAUUCUCUAGAAGAAGGUACCCCAAGCCCGGAUGUCGACAAGUUUGCUGCUCGCCGCGGCGCUCAGCAAGAAUCGACGCAAUUACAAACGCAGUCUCAGCAGCAGCAGCAACAAUUACAACAACAACCGCCGCCGUCAAGUGACUUGCCUUUUCGCAAUGCCCCUCCGCCGCCCCAGAACAUGAACGCGUCGCUAUAUCCGUGGUCGCAACGGCGGUUAAACUUCACUGCGUCCAUACCGAGCCCCUUUCCCCGCUAUGGCGCUGCUGUCAACUCGGUGUCGUCCAAAGAGGGCGACAUCUAUGUCAUGGGUGGCUUAAUCAAUAGCUCGACGGUGAAGGGUGACUUAUGGAUGAUUGAAGCUGGACAGAGUAUGGCUUGCUAUCCGCUUGCUACCACAUCGGAGGGUCCCGGUCCUCGGGUUGGGCAUGCCUCUCUUCUAGUCGGCAACGCCUUCAUCGUGUACGGCGGAGAUACCAAGAUCGACGAGGCCGACGUACUGGACGAGACACUCUACCUGCUGAACACCUCGACGCGACAAUGGUCUAGAGCCUUGCCGGCCGGUGCCCGGCCGUCGGGUCGCUAUGGGCAUUCCCUAAACAUAAUCGGUUCCAAGAUAUAUAUUUUCGGUGGUCAGGUGGAGGGCUACUUCAUGAACGAUCUUGCUUCAUUCGAUCUCAACCAACUUCAGAUGCCCAAUAACCGAUGGGAGGUUCUCAUUGACAACAACGAGCCAACUGGGCCGAUGCAGGGCAAAAUACCGCCCGCGAGGACUAACCAUUCUAUGAUCACUUAUAAUGACAAGAUGUACCUGUUUGGCGGCACGAACGGCUUCCAGUGGUUUAACGACGUCUGGUGUUACGACCCCGCCCCCAAUACGUGGACGCAACUUCCCUGCAUUGGCUAUAUUCCAAUACCACGGGAGGGACAUGCUGCCGCAUUGGUGGACGAUGUCAUGUACUCCUUUGGCGGUCGCACGGAAGAAGGCACAGACUUGGGAGACCUGGCCGCUUUCAGGAUCUCGACUCGACGCUGGUAUACUUUCCAGAAUAUGGGACCGACACCUUCUCCUCGCUCUGGUCACAGCAUGACUGCUGUUGGCAAGUUAGUCGUAGUCGUUGGAGGCGAACCAAGCUCGGCUACUAACCAAGUGAACGACCUCUCUCUCAUCUUCGUUCUUGAUACUUCCAAAAUCCGGUACCCAAAUGAUGCCCAGAUUCAGUCCAAUACCCAAAAGGUCCAGCAAGGCAGACGACCGAGUGGCGAAUCAGCUCCAAGCGGACCCCCGAGUCGCGGCCCGCCUUCCCGUGAGAAUUCCAGCGGACCGGACCCGAAGAGACUCGCUGGGGGGCCCAGCAGUCCCACAAGCGCGCCAAAGGGGGCCAGUGGAUUUGACAUGAGUGGACCGCCUCCUGUCAGUAAUGGGAUCUCCAAGCUUCCAAGGAUAGCAGGACCAUCGACACCUUCGGGUCCACCCCCUCAAGGCCAACCUCCUAGACCGACUGUCGAUACAAGCGUCUCCAACCGACGAGUACGCAAUGCUUCCCUUGACAGGAUUGAAAAGGAAGUAACUGGGGUCGGAGUUUCGGGUGUAGUCAGUCGAACGCAAUCCCCUAUAGCUCGCGAUGCCAUCAAGGAAGUUAGCCCUGUCACGAACGGUCGACGGACCCCAAAUCAGCAGGUUGCUCCGCAAGUCACUAGAAGCACUUCCAGAGGGGAGAAUGCUCCGCAAGUCACUAGAAGCAUUUCCAGAGGGGAGAAUGCAUCGCAAGUCGCUAGAAGCACUUCCAGAGGGGAGACUGCUACCGAAGCGCUCAAGUCCAAGACCUCAAGGCAGACUCGCGGUCAGAGCUCUGUCGACAGCAACACGGAGCCUACACUGAAGACUGUCGCCAACCGGCCGCCGUCUCCGCCCCCACCGACUCGGCAACCUAGUAAUCCUUUGUCUCGAAGAGGUUCCAACAGAAACUCGCAGAUGGUCGCUCUGCUCAAGGAGUUAGAUUCUGCCCGUAAUAGGAACGCUUGGUAUGCUUCGGAGCUAGAACUUGCACGAAAGGCUGGCUAUGCGUCAAACGCCACGCUUAGUCCGGGUCUCGAGAGUCGCAGCGACGAAACAUUUGAUGACGAGGACAAGCAACUCAUCGAGGCACUCCUAGUUAUGCGGCAAGAACUCGUCAAUGUCCAGAGCUCGGUCGAUAAGCAAGCUAUUCUGGCUGCGAAGCAAAUCGCCGAGUCGGAAAGACAACGCGAUGCUGCCGUCCGGGAAGCUAUCUUUGCUAAGGCCAAAACGGCAGCACACUCCGGUAGCGCAGCGAGUACACCAUCGCUCGACAAUGAACGCGGUGGAGACAGCCAGGACCGCUCUGCUGAGAUGCACCGGAAACUAGCUUCGGCUCUUGGUCUUCAGAAGGAACUACAGACCAACCUUGCCCGCGUAGGGUCAGAGCUCGAAGCUGAGAGGCGCGCACGACAGCUCGCUGAUGAGACUUCCAAUGCUGCCCAGAAGCGGAUGGCCGACCUAGAAGCUUACAAACAAGAGAACUCCUCCGAGAUCGAACAGCUGCGGGCUGAGCUGCACUUGGCUCAACGUGAUGCGCGAGAGCAGUCUAUUGCCGCUGCCGAGGCAAUUGCUGCUACAUCGUUACUUCGCGUGGAGAAAGACGACUUCGAAGCUAAGUACAACGAAGCCAGUGGCAAUUCCCGAGAGCAUAGCGAGACCUUUGAGUCGCUGCGAAAAGCUGUGGCUGUCUCAUCUGACAUCAGAAAUCAUUUGGAACGCAAAUUCGACGAAGAGCGGACUCAGCGCGAAAUGGUCGAGUCCAAGAUGACGAAGCUUAAGGCCGAACACGAAGCCCGCACUGCUGAGCUCGUAGCAGUGAGCCAGCGCUUGCGGGACACCGAGGAGAUUGCCGAACGACACGCAGCUGAGGCUAAUGCCCACCGUCAGGCCGUGCUUUCAGGGCUGGACAAGAUUCAGAGUGAUCCGGUCAAAGCGAACGGGGCUGAUAUGGAGCGCAUGGGCGUCCUACAGGACCAAGUCAAUGUAGCCAACAGCCUCGUCAGGAAAUAUCAGCAAGAAGCCGAUGCUGUAGCCAACAAGCUGCGCAAGGCUGAAGAGCGCAUUGCUGGAUUGGAGGCCUACCAGGAGCAAUCGAGCAGGGAGGGUGUCACGAUUCGCCGACAACUGCAAUCCGCUUUGAGAGACACUCAGUCCCUCCAGGCGAUGAACAGCGACCUUAAGCACCAGCUUUCAAACCAGCAGCUCGAGGCGAAUGCCAUAAUGGUGCAACAUAACACGCUGAAGGAUAUCUUGAGCGAGAGAGGUAUCAGCCCAAGCAACACAUCUCGUGUACGUGGCAAGAGCGCAAGAACCGACUCACCCGACGUGUCUUCGGCUCGUACCAGUGAACUCGAGCAACAGCUUGCACGGUCUGUUGCUGCGCACGAGGAGACCAAGCAGGGGUUCAAUGUGCAGCUACAGGAGACUGAGGAAGCAUAUCGUGUCAGAAUAACGCAGCUCGAGCACGACUACCAAUCGGCCGUCCAUUAUGUCAAGGGCACGGAGAAGAUGCUCAAGAAGAUGAAGGAAGAGCUAGCCAAGCACAAAUCGGAGAACAGUCGAUUAAAAAACGAAAACCUCGAGCUCGAGGAGCGCAGUCUGUCCCGCGAGGACUCGGCGGAUUGGGCCGCCGAGCGUGAAUCCCUGGAAGGUCAGAUCGAGUCGCUUGAGCACCAGGUGCAAUCUCUUUCCGCAGAUCUGGACCGGCAGCUGUCUGGAGUACGAAAAGAGCUCGAUUCUGCCAAGCACGAACGUGAUUUCGCGGUGAGGUCCAGGGAUGAUGCCGUGCACCACAUGACCGCUCGGGAGAGGGAGCUUGGGGAACUACAGCAAGAGAACGGCCUCCUCGAGAAGCGAGCCCAGGACGCGGAGCAUAAAGUCAGCUUGCUGCUUGACCAAGUUGAAAGUUCUGUCGACAACUACCGGAGGCGUAGUCGCAUGAGUUCCGACCAUAAUAUCACUACUCCGAACAUGAACGGUGUUGGUCACAAUCGGCAGGAGAGCUCGGAGGCUGGAAGUCUCUACGGCGGCGGGAUGCAAGAUGCCAGAGCCGGGAUGGGAGAGGCCAGAAACAGCAUGGCGCUGGACAAUUUGGCCAAUGAACUCGAUAUGCUUCGAUCCCACUGGGAAACAACUAACAAGAACUACCGAUUGUCGAAUACGUUUGACUUUGAGGGUAACACCAAGAGAGAAGACGAUGGUGCUGCUCUUGGCCUAAGUGAGAGUUUAGCUGAUUGGAGGAAGCGACUUGACACAGAAGAGCAAGGCAACAACUCCUAUGCCACCAAAGGAAAUCCUGGACCUUGA